AUGUAGAAGAGCACUUUUAAUUAUGAAUUAAUUCCUGAAUAUAGUCAAUCACUUCAAAAUUAUUGUUAUGCUAUAGCAAUCAAUCACAACAACACUUAUCUGUUAACAUCUGAUGAAUAAAGAAUCAAACUAUUUUAAUUUUCAAAAAAUGGACUCAAACUAUUGCAAAUAUUAAAUAAGCAUUAAUCGUUAGUUUAUACUCUUAAUUUUAUGAAGGGAAGAUAGUAAUUUGUGUCUGGUUCACUUGAUUCUUCCAUCGUAAUUUGGUCAGAAAUUAGUAUAUCCAAUCCUAAAUAUCUCAUAAAACUUAAUUAGCACUAAGAUUCAGUUAGAUGUCUUCAUUAUAGCUCACAUUUUAAAAAUUUAAUUGUUAGUGGAUCAGAUGAUCAUACUAUAAAAUUUUGGUAUCAUUUUAGUUCUUGUUCAUCUUGGUCUUGUUAAUAGACAAUUAAUGAACAUGAUGAUGCGGUUUAUGGAUUAUCGAUGAAUGAAGAAGGAACUACACUUAUUUCUUGUAGUUCAGACAAGCACGUAUUGGUUAUGAAUAGAGAGAAUUCUAAUCUUAAAUAUUGGAAUGUCAUACAAAAAAUUAAUGUAAAAAAAUGGGGUCUACGGAUUUGUUUUAUCACAAGUAAAAUGUUUAUCUUUCUACCUAAUAAUAAUGGAGAACAGUGGAAGGGUGGAAAGGCUCUCCACAUAUACACAUUAAACAAAGAUAAUAGUAAAUUCAGAAAAAGAGAAGAAUAUAUAAUUAAAGGAGGAGGACAAUUUUGUGAUGCUGAAUUUCCAGCACUUUUUGUUCAAUCGAAAUAAAUACUUCUUCUAAAAAAUGGAUGCACGGUAAAUAUAUUAAAAUUUAAUAUUGUCAAUUCCCCUUAAGAAAGAGAAUCUUACUAAUGUAAAUUAGAAUAGUUUAUUUAUUUUGAUUGUAAAGAUAAUUUUGAAUGUGGAGCUGUAUUUGGGGCAAUAAGUGAGAAUGGAGAGUAUUUAAUAACAUGGGAUUGGAAAAAAGGGGAGAUUAAUAUAAGAAAAUAUAAGGAUAUCCUUGAAAUAACUGAAAUAUGA